CGUCCUCGUCCGCCGAGUGGGAGGGCGGAGCUGCCGGCGGCCCGGGCGGGCUGGCAGCUGGAGUGGGUGCGAGAGCCGCCUCCACCGCCGCCGCUGCCACCGCCUCCUCCGCCCGGGCCGUUCGCUGCUGAGCGGGGAGAGCGAGGCGGGGCCGCCGGGGCCGCCAUGGAGCCCGACUCGGUGAUUGAGGACAAGACCAUCGAGCUCAUGUGUUCUGUGCCAAGGUCUUUGUGGCUAGGCUGCGCCAACCUGGUAGAGAGCAUGUGCGCACUGAGUUGCCUGCAGAGCAUGCCCAGUGUCAGAUGUCUCCAGAUAAGUAACGGAACGUCAUCUGUGAUUGUCUCCAGAAAGAGGCCAUCAGAGGGGAACUACCAGAAAGAAAAGGACUUGUGCAUUAAGUACUUUGACCAGUGGUCUGAAUCAGAUCAGGUGGAGUUUGUGGAGCAUCUUAUCUCACGAAUGUGUCAUUAUCAGCAUGGACAUAUUAACUCUUACCUGAAGCCCAUGUUGCAGCGGGACUUUAUCACCGCCUUACCAGAGCAAGGCUUAGAUCACAUAGCAGAAAACAUUCUUUCCUACCUGGAUGCCAGGUCUCUGUGUGCAGCAGAGCUGGUGUGUAAAGAAUGGCAGCGAGUGAUCUCCGAAGGCAUGCUGUGGAAGAAGCUGAUCGAGAGGAUGGUGCGCACUGACCCUCUCUGGAAGGGUCUCUCAGAGAGAAGAGGGUGGGAUCAGUACCUGUUUAAAAACAGACCUACAGAUGGCCCUCCAAAUUCAUUUUAUAGAUCAUUAUAUCCAAAGAUUAUCCAGGACAUAGAGACCAUAGAAUCGAAUUGGCGGUGUGGACGACACAACUUGCAGAGGAUCCAGUGCCGCUCUGAAAAUAGUAAAGGUGUCUACUGUUUGCAGUACGAUGACGACAAAAUUAUCAGUGGCCUCCGGGACAACUCCAUCAAGAUCUGGGACAAAACCAGCCUGGAAUGUUUGAAAGUGCUAACAGGACACACAGGCUCUGUCCUCUGCCUCCAGUAUGACGAGCGAGUCAUUGUAACUGGUUCUUCAGAUUCGACAGUGAGAGUCUGGGAUGUGAACACGGGUGAAGUUCUCAACACUCUCAUCCAUCACAAUGAAGCUGUACUGCACUUACGCUUCAGCAACGGACUGAUGGUGACUUGUUCCAAGGACCGGUCCAUUGCUGUGUGGGACAUGGCUUCUGCCACUGAUAUCACUUUACGCCGUGUCCUGGUUGGCCACCGUGCUGCUGUCAAUGUGGUAGACUUCGAUGAUAAGUACAUUGUGUCUGCCUCUGGAGACAGGACCAUUAAAGUGUGGAGCACGAGCACUUGUGAGUUUGUCCGCACUCUGAAUGGGCAUAAGCGGGGCAUCGCCUGUCUGCAGUACCGGGACCGGCUGGUUGUCAGUGGAUCGUCAGAUAACACCAUCCGGCUAUGGGAUAUUGAGUGUGGUGCCUGUCUAAGAGUCCUGGAGGGGCACGAAGAAUUGGUCCGAUGCAUCCGUUUUGAUAACAAGAGGAUUGUCAGUGGCGCCUAUGAUGGGAAGAUUAAAGUCUGGGACUUGCAAGCUGCUCUUGACCCUCGGGCCCCAGCAAGCACAUUGUGUCUGCGCACCUUGGUGGAACACUCUGGACGUGUGUUUCGGCUACAGUUUGAUGAGUUUCAGAUCAUCAGCAGUUCCCACGAUGACACUAUUUUGAUUUGGGAUUUCUUAAACGUGCCUCCCAGUGCCCAGAAUGAGACACGCUCUCCCUCCAGAACCUACACCUAUAUCUCCAGAUAGCGGUCUGCACUUUGGCCCAGUCUGGGUUUCCUGGUCUCGAACUACUGGCUACAUGGCUACCACAUGCCUAAGGGAGUUCAUUCACAGCUGAGUUCUGGGGCUGGAAUUGGUUCUAGAUGCUGGGUAGACACAAAGCAGCCCCACUCUUCUUCAAGCCCCACCAUUUCCCAGCGCCACCCCUGGCUCUACUUGGAGAAGGACAGCUUAGCUUACCGACUGCAAGUAGAGCAGCAGCUCACGCCCCUCCCUUCAGUGAAGAACCCAACGCUUCCUUCCGAUGCACAUGCUCACGGGAAGGACACAUGGCCUGUUCUUCAGAAGCAAAGCGACCGUGGGAGAAGACUUGUCUCUAAUUUACAUCGCUUUGAACCUUGGUUUGGUACUAAAAACAGCAUUGCAUUCUUGGUGAAGUGUUGGGGGUUCAGGGCUCUCCUCUCCAGCAGCAGCAGCAGCAGCAGCAGCAGCAGCAGCAGCUUCUCCUUAGACCUUCAGGUCACUGUCAUUCUGACGUGCAUAGGAAUGUGUCGGACAACGGACAGCUCUGGAUUAUUUUAGUAUUUUUGGAUUACACUUCCUUUCUGUACCAGUUUCUUUUAAUUUAAAGAAUAAGUGAGUUAUAUUACCUCUCCACAGGUGAUAUAGCUAUUUUCUUUUAUUAACUGUUUUCUGUUCCCUCCUCAUUUCCUAAUAUUUGGUAGAGUAACACCUUUAUCCACGUGCUUGCCUCCUAAUUUAAAAUACUGUACCCGCAUGUAGAUAUAAUGUACAUAACACUUCAAGCUCAAGGUUGCCGGACGGGCCCCUGCAUUGGAGACACUACUGUGGAGUGUGUCGCUCAGCCGCAGGUGGGCCCGAGAGCCUGACUCCAGGGUUGCUGUGAUUCCUAGAACCUUCCUGCAGUAUUCCUUUGCGUUUUAUUUGUCACUGUCCUGUGUGUGUGCUGUGUUCAGAUGGAACUUCAGAAGUUUAUCAGGAUGUUUGUUUGUUUGUUUGUUUGUGGCUUCUGCAGUGGACAGGCAUCUUCGCAGUCUCCAUGUCACUGUUCUGCUCCUCAUGAGUACCCCUCCUGAGAGCUAGUGAUCACCUCAUCACGGGGAUCAUUGGCUUCUCUGUCCAAUGUCCUGCUGUGUGGCAGUAACCCUGAGACAGGAAGAAGGCAGCCCUGUUGACGGGGCUCCUGGCUCUGGGCUCCCUGCACUCUGGUAGGGUGUUGGAGGCUGCUAAGUUAGAACCUGCGGAGCAGGUCAGCUGUUCUGAGCUCCAUGAAGGGCUAGGCCCUCCUGUGUGGAGCACAGCCUCAGGCCCCGUCAGCUCUGGUGUGACUCAUCACUUCAGUUCUCAAAGCUCCCAGGUGUGAGAGGCACACAGGACAUUGGUCAACAUUUCCCUCUUUCAAGAUUAGGUUUUGAUUUGCCCCUCACCAUUGUUUCCAAAGAUCAAGGAAUGUCAGUAAGUACCCUUUAAAGGACCAACCAGCCCCUCCCUGGGAAUGGAGCCUCUUCCCAUGGAAGCACACUCUGGAGAGAGAAGGCCUCUGGGCUCUGCUCGUCCUGGCAUUGUGAAUGCUGUGGGGAUCAGUGUGUGUCGGUGAUUGGUUUACUGGGUUGGCGUUGUUUUUUCCAUGUUGGUUUCUUUUCUUUCUUUUGUGUCCCCCCCCCCCCUCUCUCUCUCUCUCUCUCUCUCUCUCUCUCUCUCUCUCUCUCUCUCUCUCUCCUUUUGGAUACAUUGUUCUCACAUGCUUCUACAUUUGUUUCUGAGAGGUGGGGGCUCAAAUGUAUAGAAAGUAGGCCCCUGUCUAUAAGGGGGUGUGAACACACCACCUCACAGCUCAUCACCCUUUGACAGGAACGCCCAGGGGAGGCAGGGAGGGGGAGUGAAUUCUGAACAAUCGGACUUUUCUGUUGUUUUUGCAUGUUAAAUAUAGAAGUUCCUGUCCAUCCUUGGGGUCAGGGCCUUCACAUAUGCACACGACCUUUGAAUUGUGCCUACUAAAUUACAGCAGGGGACUUGGGUACCCAAGGAGUUCCAGUGUCUGGGAUUACAGCAGUAAUUCCUAGUGUACUCUGGACUUUAUUUUGCUAACCGUAAUCAAGCAACUGUAAAUUACUGCUAUAUUAAUGUUAAAGCACUGGGGUAGUCUAAUUCUAACGGUAAUUAAUUAUGUUUGCCAAUUAUCUGUUUGAAAUAAAUAUGUGUCUGAACAGCUAUUGAAACUGUUAAAUUGUACAGAUAUUAUCAUGACGGCUUUGUACUGUGGAAUGUGCUUAAUAAAAAAAGUUUGACCUUUGUCCAAUAAAUUGCUAAGUAAUGUCAGUAAAUCAAGAUGAGUAUUAUGCAGUACACCUGACCUGGCUUCAUGGCGAUUGUUACUUCAGCUACUAAUUCAAAGCCAAUACUCUCAAUAAAGUGUUGCAGUAUUCCGCU